AUGCCGCCGCGAAAGGCCCUUCUGGACGACUCGUGGACGCUUAAAUGGCUGAAAUACCCCUUGCGGAGCGAUUUUACCGCCAUCCGCGCGGCAUUUCAGAAGUUAAAUCACUUCCCCAAGGCGCGGUUGCUGGGGCGGAAAGAUUUACUCUAUCGCGCCCUCUGCAUGGCCAAAAAGCGCUGGGGGCAAUUUGCGAGCGAGGGCCGCUGGGGGGAAUCGUCGCCUUCCCCGCGCGAUGGCGGGAAUCAACCGAAAAAUCGCGAACCCUUCGGGGAAGGGCUCUUUCCGAGGUCCUGGACCCUUCCCGAGGAGUACGAGGCCUGCCUGGCCCUCCUUCGCGACCCGGCGAGCGUGGGGAAAUUGUUUAUUGUCAAGCCGGCCGCCAGCGCAUGCGGGCGUGGGGUUUACUUGGUAAAAGGAGCCCCCAACGCCGCGAUCCCACCACCGCGAAACCCGCGCGCGGUGGAAAAUACGGCGGAGAUGCGAAAGGCCAAUGCGGACGCCCCGUCUUUUUCGCAUUUCCCAUCCAUGUCGAUCCCGGCGAAUCCGGCGAUCCCCCCCGACCGCUUUCUCGUGCAGGAGUAUAUUGAGGAUCCCUAUCUUGUCUACGGGUAUAAGUUCGACCUGCGUUUGUACGUCGUUCUUACCUCCUACGAGCCGGUGCGGAUCUAUUUAUACAAAGAGGGCCUAGUACGUUUCGCGACUUCGCCCUAUUACGACUUCCCCGAGGACUUUGCAGGCCCCAACCUUGAGGUGGACUUGUCCAAGGAGGAUUUGCCAACCGCCACCGCCUCGAAAAAGAGAGCGGGGUCUUCUUUUCGCAUCGCGGAUGAACGCCGCCUGACGGCGCACCUCACGAACUUUACGAUCAACAAGAAAUCGGAGGAUUUUGUGAUUCCCCGCCUCCGUGGGGAGGAUUCCGCGGCGAACUCCCCCGCGGGGGAGGAAAUUAUGCUCUCGAAGUGGACCUUUGCCUCGCUGCGGGUGUACAUGGAGGAGGAUGGCGUCGAUUGGGAGGCCACGAUGCGGCGGGUCGAGGAUUUGAUCGCCAAGGUUUUUCUUUCCAUCGUUCCCGACGUCCGGGCGGAGAUGCGGGAGUUGGAUCCGAAUCCACGCGGGGGUGGUUCUCAUCUUCAACGCGCGCCAUCCUCGCCAGAACCCUCAGCUCGCCCGGGGCCGGAUGUACUUCCCGAAGCCUCGUCUUGGUCUCCGCCCGCCAUUCCACCCCCGGCCUUCACGGUCAAGGGGGUGAGCCCAUUUUUUCAAAUAUUCGGCGUGGACGUUUUACUCCAGCGCGGCGCCUCGCCAACCACCAGCCAGCCGGAUAUUUUCCGCUCCGAAGAUGAGCGGAGACCUCCAGGCGGCCCCCAACACACUCCCCGGGUGGUUUUAAAUCCCGUUAUUAUGGAGGUUAAUAUUAUGCCCUCUCUCAGUACGCAUUACUCUCCGCUCGAUCAAUGUAUUAAGGGGAAUUUUAUCGCCGAUAGCCUGAAUUUGGUCGGACUUUCCCCCAAAGCCCUCAAAUCGUCUUUUCCAACUCCGUUUACGCUAUUCGGGGAGUCUCGUGCAAACCAAAGCGCCCAUCCUACAAACUCCUCUUCGACGACGCAUGGCAGUGCUGCUGACGAUAUUUCUAAACAGCAAAAUGUAGAGAAAGAGGACAAUGCGCUACCUGGGGCUUUGCCAUCCAAUAUGAAAACGGAAGGCACUCGCAAAAGCGAUGCGGAGCUUCAUAUUUUUUCUGAUUCAUCCGAAAAGGAAGGCGAUGAAUAUAGUUAUAAUUAUUUGUUAAAUCAUUUUCUCCGUGGACAACCUCCUCAUGUGGUGGAGGCAUGCAUGGUAAGCGAAGAGGAACGCCUCCGCUCACCUCAUUUCAGGCGAUUGCUUCCAACAUCAAGCUCUUUUUUUGAGUAUGCCCCUCUGCUUCUUGCGCAAAAGGAUGAUUUUAUGGUUGUUGAGAAUGAAGGGGGGAAAAAAAUCAUGAAUUUCCUUCUUUCUAGUGAUUUAAUGACCGAUACUGCGAAUACAAGGAUAACAGAAGACAGCGCUUCUUGUGUUCAUCCCUGGCGAUCCUUGGAUGAGGUUUUAAGUGCAUGGGAAGAGUGCAGAGAGAAGCUUAGCAAAAACAAUAUUAAAAAAUAG